AUGUCAAGGAGAACUCUCGGGGGAGGAAGAAUUCUCGGUAGCGGAAGAUCAUUAAAUCCCACACUCCCGUCCACAUCCGUAAACCAACCCUCGAAGCUGCAUUCCCCGUCAACGAGUAGCGUUUCCCUAAACUCGCAAGCAUCAGCUUCACAACUCUCAUCGGAUACACAGGACCUGGUAUCAAGGAUAUCAUUAGAAAAUGGAGACUCAUCCAUUUCGAGGACUGCGGCCGCAGCCGCUAACACCUAUCUCGCCUGCCCUAUUUGCAACGAGGAAAUGGUCACUUUAUUGCAGCUGAAUAGACAUCUCGAUGAUGCUCACCGGAAUCUCGAGGACGAACAACAAGUCGAAGUGAAAGACUGGUUUCAGAUCCAAGUUGAGAAAGCGAAACGAUUCCAACCGUUAGCUGUGCUAAACCAAAAGCUAAAGGGCUUGGAUGUCUUCGAGUCAAACAAUAAUCCACAGUUUGCUCCCUCCGUUCCGACUCGAUCCUCUACAAACGGGCUUGUUGAGCCACCCAGGCUACUAGACCCAGAUGAACUUGUGACUAGGGCACAUUGGCAACGGCGUAGUCUGUACGAUGUGUGCCUGGAGCCUAUGUGUGAAAAACAACUCACUAUGACAACUGGUUGCGUGAAUUGUCGAAAAUGCGGACGGUUGUUUUGCGAGGAACACACAAUGUACCAGAUGAAGUUAUCUCGAUCUGCUCAACAUGAUCCCGUCCGUGGCUUAUGGUGUCGGGUAUGUGAGACAUGCUACAAGUCGAGAGCGGGCUACAACGAUAAAAUUGGGGCGGAACGCGAUCAUACCGCAGCUUUCAAAUCCAUAAGGAAGCCAGUGGUAGACAGAGCGUUUUUGGAAGUGUCGCGGUUAGAGAAAAGGCUCAGUCGGCUGACACAGCUUCUCGCCGAGCUUCCUUCCGAACAGGUACAAUCGGGUACUAACAAGAAAUGGUCAUUUUCCUGGCAGGGAGAUCAGAGGAAAAAGAUUGAACAAUCUGUUGUGAGCUGGGAAGACGAUGCUAGCGUUCCAAGGUGCCCGUUUUGUCAGCAAGAGUUUACCACAUAUACGUUCCGAAGACACCAUUGUCGGACAUGUGGCCGUGUAGUUUGUGGUGAUCCAGACACGGAAUGCUCUUCUGAGGUUGGGUUAGAUGUAGCAACAAGUAUACCCCGUGUAUCAGAGAAGCCGGCCAACGCAGGAAAACUUAGUAUAGAUAUUCGGCUCUGCAGGGAGUGCAAGUCUACGCUAUUUGAUAAACGGGAUUUCGCGCUAGAUCUAGCUAAAGAGCCUCCUGAUGCUCGGGCAUACAAAAAUCUUGUUCAAUUCGAAAGGGGAAUCCGACUUUUGUUACCUCGGUUUCAGAAACUUUUGAGCGCCCUACAAGAUCCCGAAGACCCCCCUUCUCCGGCUCAGUUAGCAGAAGCUUCUAAAGUACGCAAGCGUCUUAUGGAUUCGUUCGCUCAAUAUGAUGUUGCAGCCCGCCGCAUCCGUGAUCUUCCUACCGACUCCCCGACACAAUCCAAGCUCCAAAAGUCCAUAUAUCACCAAGCCACGAAUUUUCUUCAUCUUCACAUGCUUCCACUGAAAACGCUUCCGAAAAUCCUUAAACAUGCAACACCUCAUGGUCGCCAUUCUGAUUCUACAUCAUCCAAUGGAUCAACGCCCCGUGCACUUGCAGCAAUCAAUUCCCAUAAACAUGCGAACAGCCGCGUGAGCCUGACCAGUGAUAACAGCACCGCCUUAUCCGCUCUUGAAACAGAGGAAAGGUCACUGCGAGAACGAUUGAUAGUACUCGAGGAGCAGAAAUUUUUCGUAUCAGAGAUGAUUGCGGAUGCUAAUCGUAGAAGGAAGUUUGACGAAGCCGCCAGCCUUACAAUGAAUGCAGAGGAGUUGGGUAAAGAAAUCGACAAGAUUAAUGGGAUGUUGGAGCAGUUGGAUUUUGCCGGGAUUUACCUGCCUGCUAAUGGUGAUCAGGCUACGGAAACCCAGGCUUGAAGCCUAUAGCUGACUCGUAUAUACUAAUGAUAACGACGACUUGAUUUGUCCAUACAGAUAUGCUUAGCGUUUUCAUAGCUCUUCUUUGUUGAUACUCAUGACAAUUAUCCAGGAUGAUUACCAGCGUAUUAUGAAGAAGGAAUGAAUUGUUGAUUUUCUUUGGCAUUAUGAAGAGCUCCACAUUUGAUUCUGAUACAAGCUUCCCUUUCCUUGGUAUAUACUUCCGGAUUGAUGCAAAGAUAUAGCCAGUAGCCGUUUAGAGUACCG